AUGGUAGCUGAGCUGAAAGUUAGCUUGGUCUCGGUGAUUGCCCAGGGAAGUAGGUUUCGAUACAAGAGACGAGUUUAUGCCCAGAACCUCAUCGAUGAUAAGCAGUUUGCCAAGCUUCACACCAAGGCAAACCUGAAGAAGUUCAUGGACUACGUCCAGCUGCACAGCACAGACAAGGUAGCCCGCCUACUGGACAAGGGGCUGGAUCCCAAUUUCCAUGAUCCUGACUCAGGAGAGUGCCCUCUGAGUCUUGCGUCCCAGCUGGACAAUGCCACGGACCUGCUGAAGGUGCUGAGGAAUGGCGGUGCUCACUUGGAUUUCCGCACUCGAGAUGGGCUCACUGCCGUGCACUGUGCCACGCGCCAGCGGAACGCGGCGGCUCUGACGACCCUGCUGGACCUGGGCGCUUCACCCGACUAUAAGGACAGCCGUGGCCUGACGCCUUUAUACCACAGUGCCCUGGGGGGUGGGGACGCCCUCUGCUGUGAGCUGCUCCUCCAUGACCAUGCUCAGCUGGGGACUACUGAUGAGAACGGCUGGCAGGAGAUCCACCAGGCCUGCCGCUUUGGGCAUGUGCAGCACCUGGAGCACCUGCUGUUCUACGGAGCUGACAUGGGGGCCCAGAAUGCUUCGGGGAACACGGCCCUGCACAUCUGUGCCCUCUACAACCAGGAGAGCUGUGCUCGUGUCCUGCUUUUCCGUGGAGCCAACAAGGAUGUCCGCAAUUACAACAGCCAGACAGCCUUCCAGGUGGCCAUCAUCGCAGGGAACUUUGAGCUGGCCGAGGUUAUCAAGACCCACAAAGACUCAGAUGUUGUACCAUUCAGGGAAACCCCCAGCUAUGCAAAGCGGCGGCGGCUAGCCGGCCCCAGUGGCCUGGCCUCCCCACGGCCCCUGCAGCGCUCAGCCAGUGACAUCAACCUGAAGGGCGAGGUGCAGCCGGCAGCUUCUCCUGGACCCUCACUGCGGAGCCUCCCCCACCAGCUGCUGCUCCAGCGGCUGCAGGAGGAGAAGGACCGGGACAGGGACGGUGACCAAGAGAACGCCAUUGGUGGCCCCGCAUCAGGCAGGGGCAGCCAGAGCAACCUCAGCAAACACAAAACCAAGACCUGCUAUGUGCGGGGCUCCAGCUCACUACUCUGGCCUGGAACGGAGCCCCUAGCCCCCCAGAAAUGUGGCCCCAGGGUUCCCACCAGCAUCGCAGAGCAGAGAAAGGGUGGUGGGGGGGGAUGGGCCCCCCUGCCCUGCUCUGCCCUGACAGCCUUUCUGGCUUCUGUCCCCCCAGUGCUCAGCAUUGGGGAGGGCGGUUUCUGGGAGGGGACCGUGAAAGGCCGCACAGGCUGGUUCCCGGCAGACUGCGUGGAGGAGGUGCAGAUGAGACAGUAUGACACACGGCAUGAAACCCGGGAGGACCGGACGAAGCGACUUUUCCGCCACUACACCGUGGGCUCCUAUGACAGCCUUACCUCUCACAGCGAUUAUGUCAUUGAUGACAAGGUGGCCAUCCUGCAGAAACGGGACCAUGAGGGCUUUGGUUUCGUGCUUCGGGGGGCCAAAGCAGAGACCCCCAUUGAGGAGUUCACCCCCACGCCAGCCUUCCCUGCGCUGCAGUACCUCGAGUCCGUGGAUGUGGAGGGUGUGGCCUGGAGGGCCGGGCUGCGCACAGGAGACUUCCUCAUCGAGGUGAACGGGGUGAACGUGGUGAAGGUUGGACACAAGCAGGUGGUGGCUCUGAUCCGCCAGGGUGGUAACCGUCUCGUCAUGAAGGUGGUCUCGGUGACACGGAAGCCCGAAGAAGACGGGGCUCGGCGCAGAGCCCCGCCGCCUCCCAAGAGGGCCCCCAGCACCACACUGACCCUGCGCUCCAAGUCCAUGACAGCUGAGCUUGAGGAACUUGAGAAACUAGACGAGAUCCUGGCGGCUGCCGCGGAGCCCACUCUGAGGCCUGACAUUGCAGAUGCUGACUCCAGAGCGGCCACGGUCAAACAGCGGCCCACCAGCCGGAGGAUCACCCCAGCCGAAAUCAGUUCAUUGUUUGAGCGUCAGGGCCUCCCAGGCCCAGAGAAGCUGCCAGGCUCCCUGCGGAAGGGGAUUCCACGGACCAAGUCUGUAGGGCUCUGGACUGGACAUGCACGGAGCACCGCCUCACCUGGGCAUCCGCCCUCUUCCUGCCAGAGGCUUGGUGUCACUGGCCACAGCCCUGCUGUCCCCUUGUCUACAGUGUCAGUCCUGCCCUGGGAGUGUCCCUCCUGCCUGUGGCUGCCACCAGGCCCUCCCAGUGAAACCUGCUUAUUCCACUGCUGUGGUUCUGAAAUGAGCUCAGUCUUGCGGCGCCGCUCCACCGUGUUCCUGUCGGUGGGCGCCAUCGAGGGGAGCCCCCCGAGCGCGGACCUGCCCUCCCUGCAGCCCUCCCGCUCCAUCGACGAGCGCCUUCUGGGCGCCGGCGCCACCACCGGCCGCGACCUGCUGUUGCCCUCCCCCGUCUCUGCUCUGAAGCCAUUGGUCAGCGGCCCGAGCCUUGGGCCUUCCGGCUCCACCUUCAUCCACCCGCUCACCGGCAAGCCCUUGGACCCCAGCUCGCCCCUGGCCCUGGCGCUGGCUGCCCGGGAGCGGGCCCUGGCUUCCCAGACGCCCUCCCGGUCCCCCACGCCCGUGCACAGCCCUGACGCCGACCGCUCCGGGCCCCUGUUUGUGGACGUUCAAGCCCGCGACGCUGAGCGAGGAGCCCUGGCCUCCCCAGCCUUCUCCCCAAGGAGCCCAGCCUGGAUUCCUGUGCCUGCUCGAAGGGAGCCGGAGAAAGCCCCCCGGGAGGAGCGGAAGUCACCCGAGGACAAGAAGUCCAUGAUCCUCAGCGUCCUGGACACGUCCCUGCAGCGGCCAGCUGGCCUCAUCGUUGUCCAUGCCACCAGCAAUGGGCAGGAGCCCAGCAGGCUGGGAGCUGAAGAGGAGCCCUCCAGCACCCCAGAGCUGGCCCCAGCACCCACACAGUCAGCAGUGGUAGCAGAGCCCCUGCCCAGCCCCCGGGUCCAGCCCCCUAGCAGCACCCCAAAAGACCCCGGGCCAGGGCAGGGCAGCUCGGAGGAGGAGCCAGAGCUGGUCUUUGCUGUGAACCUGCCUCCUGCCCAGUUGUCCUCUAGCGACGAGGAGACCAGAGAGGAGCUGGCGCGCAUUGGGCUGGUGCCACCCCCCGAAGAGUUUGCCAACGGGCUCCUUCUGGCCACCCCACUGCCGGGCCCAGGUCCCUCACCCACCACGGUGCCAGGCCCGGCCUCAGGGAAGCCCAGUAGUGAGAUGCCCCCUGCCCCUGAGUCUGCAGCCGACUCGGGGGUGGAGGAGGCUGACACACGCAGCUCCAGCGACCCUCACCUGGAGACCACAAGCACUAUCUCCACAGUGUCCAGCAUGUCCACCCUGAGUUCCGAAAGCGGGGAACUCACGGACACCCACACCUCCUUCGCUGAUGGACACACUUUUCUACUCGAGAAGCCACCAGUGCCUCCCAAGCCCAAGCUCAAGUCCCCGCUGGGGAAGGGGCCGGUGACCUUCAGGGACCCUCUGCUGAAGCAGUCCUCGGACAGUGAGCUCAUGGCCCAGCAGCACCACGCCGCCUCCACAGGGCUGGCCUCUGCUGCUGGGCCUGCUCGCCCUCGCUACCUCUUCCAGAGAAGGUCCAAGCUGUGGGGGGACCCCAUGGAGAGCCGGGGGCUCCCUGGGCCUGAAGACGACAAACCAACUGUGAUCAGUGAGCUCAGCUCCCGCCUGCAGCAGCUGAACAAAGACACCCGCUCCCUGGGGGAGGAACCGGUUGGUGGCCUGGGCGGCCUGCUGGACCCUUCUAAGAAGUCUCCCAUCGCGGCAGCUCGCUGCGCGGUGGUCCUGAGCGCCGGCUGUGUAAGUGAGCAUGCUCAUCCCAUGCCUCUGUCCAUGCGCUGCACCUGGCCGCCAGGUCUCUGCUCUGCUCAGCUUUGUGGGGCUUUGGUGCCACUGACAGGGGCCCCCGGCCCGCGCAGGCCCUUCCAGCAAAAGCCGCUGCAGCUCUGGAGCAAGUUCGACGUGGGCGACUGGCUGGAGAGCAUCCACCUGGGCGAGCACCGAGACCGCUUCGAGGACCACGAGAUCGAGGGCGCGCACCUGCCGGCGCUCACCAAGGACGACUUCGUGGAGCUGGGCGUCACGCGCGUGGGCCACCGCAUGAACAUCGAGCGCGCGCUCAGGCAGCUGGAGGGCAGCUGACGCCCCACCACCCCGAGCCCAGGCCGCGCCCUGCGGGCA